UGUGAAAUGUGUUUGCUUUCCUGAAGAGGAGUGUCCCAUCAGCUUCGGCACUCUGAAGGGGCCCAACUGCAGGAUACAAUAGGACAGGGAGAACAACAGAGCAUGGAGCUGGAGCCAAUUGAAAAUGCAAAGAAACUAGACAGGCAGAACGGGAUUAUUCAAAGUGGAAUUAGAGCAGAGGACGGGGGUGGCUGUAUCUCGCUGAAAACGCUGCCGCAAAGACUGUAAAACAGAAGAAUCUCGUUUUAGCAAAGAGCCAAGGGCCAGCACAUCAAACAGGCAGUGGGGAGAUAAAGCGGGGAGCGAGUGGGGAGCGCGGAGGAUGGAGACACAGCUCGGUGCCCAGCCGGAGGAAUGUCCUGGGUUCCCUUGUGAUUGGCUGGGGAACGGAGGAGUCAGUUUUCACGGGGGCUGAUCAAAAAGUUCCCUUUUGCUUUCCCAAAGUUGCUGUCUGAGCAGAGGCAUUGGGAAGAGGAGGCCAGGCGCUCUAACAUUCCGCAGGAAAGCGACUUAAAUGAAAUGAAAAGGCUUCUCUAUCCAAGGAUAUACAGCCAAGAACUGACGCCGGGAAGCUGUUUUCCUUAUUUUCUCCCCCAACUCCUCGUGGAGUUGAACGGCUCUCAUUUCUGGCAUGCGUCUCAUCUCUCAGGAUACUAUGUCACAGUAUUCUACUAACUUUCUCUUGCUCCCCAUACCAGAGUAUCCUGUAUUGGACUGCGUGCCCAACAAAAUCAUCAAGCUGGUGGUACUGGGUGGCAGUAGCGUUGGCAAGACAGCCCUGGUUGUGCGCUUUCUCACAAAGAGAUUUAUUGGAGACUAUGAAGCCAAUACUGGUGCUUUGUAUUCAAGGAAGUUCACCAUAGAUGGGGAACAGAUCUCUCUACAGGUGCAGGAUACUCCCUUUGUUUCACUGGAGGAUGACACUGACAGCAUCUGCUGCCAAGAGCAGAUAAACCGUUCAAUCUACUGGGCGGAUGGCUUCGUUUUUGUUUACUCCAUCACAGACUAUGAGAGCUACCGAGUCAUCCGGCCCCUGCACCAGCACAUCCGCAAGAUCCACCCUAACGCCAACAUCCCCCUGCUUUUGAUGGCGAACAAAGGAGACCUCCUGCGAGCCAGGCAGGUGUCCUCCAAAGAGGGACUCCAGCUGGCCAGUGAACUGGGAGGUACUUACUACGAAGUCUCAGCCCGGGAGAACUGCGAGGGAGUGCAUGAAGCCUUCCAGCAGCUCUGCCAGGAGGUCAGCAGGAUGAUCGGGAGCUGCAACGGAGAGAAACGAAGAGGCCUCCACCUCGUCCGGCCCAAGUCCCCAAAUAUGCAGGACUUGAAGAGACGUUUGAAACAGGCUCUGACUUCCAAAGGGAAAUCUGCCACGACGCUUUGAUGGAGCCCACAGAAAUGGUUUUCCGCAGCCCUGAAAAAAAGCAAAAAAAGGCAAGAAAAUAAGCUGGUCAUAAGGGGCACCUCUGAAAUUCAGCAAGCAGGUUGUGUGAGAGGCUCUUCCAUGUUGUCUUUACAUCUUCCUUAAAAAUCCCGUGCUCAUUCAGCAAAGGAACCUGCAGAAUUUGCUCUUUGGGGUGAGAGUUUAGAAACUGCAAUUUAAAAAAUAGGUUGUCCUAAGUAAUUUCCUUUUUGAAAGGGACAAAGUCAAAUAGUCUAGGAUUACAAUGUGGGUUUUUAUUAAUAAAAAUCAUUCAAGCCUACUUUGAAAAGAAGUGACUUCUCGUGGGGAUGGCUGUAAGCUCCAGCAAGACAGGAGGAGAGUGAUGUGAGCUAUACUGAGCAAGCAAAAUUUACCAGAUAUGCCCAGUCACAAGACUGGAAAAUAAAGGCAAAAAGUAAACAAAGAGCAUAAAUAGUGAAAAGUAGUGAUUGAACACUUCUAAAUUGCAGUUUAGAAAGUGUUCUUAGCAACUUGGGGAGUGAUUUGUUCAUAUGCAAGCUUUGGCCUCACAGUGUCUCUUCAAAGGGAGAUUUUUAAAAAAAUCACUAUUUUUUUAGAUUAUUUUUCUUUAAAUGUAUAUUGACUAUUUCUGAAAGUGAUUAUAUGGACAAAAUACGUACUUGUAGCAGCAUUUUGUAGGCAUACUUCUAAUUUUUCUAUACGGUUCCUACAUAUCAACAAGAGAGAGAAAAACAGAGCAGUGUGGUUUAAAAUCUGCAAGACAAAUGGACUGUGUUAAAGAAGAGCAAGGAGGUGACCUAAAACUAUUUAACUUUUUCUUUUUUCCAAACUAGUUAGCUUUCAAGUUCAAGAUGCUGUUUUAAAGAAAAAAGGUCAUCACAUAAACUAAAUUUAACUCAUUAGUGUGGGUUUUUUUGUUAGUGGUGGUGUUUGGGUUUUUUUUUAAAAAGAAAAUGAUUGAUGAUGCCUGAAAAUUCUGGCUUUUGGAAAUCAUCCUUUUGUCAUUUGCCUUAAAACCAACCUUUACUCAAUACCUUGCAAUACAUCCAACUCACCAGUCUCUCAACACGUAUUUCACGGGCAGCACGUCCCUGCGUUGUGUCUCAGCACGUACCAAGGGGUUGGAAGCUGCAUCCUGUGAGCUGCCGUGUUUAAUGGUGACGACAACGCGAAGCAUCCAUCGUGCUGUUCCCAAAGCGAGUGGGAAGAAACUGGCUUGGACCAUGCCCAAGUCACGAAGGAACAAUCUUUUCUUUAAACAGACCCUCUGAGCAAUUCACAGGACCAUGAAAUGAAGGAGAGCUCAAUGAUUUACACUCAGGAAGGCAGAAGGGGAAACCCUCAUUUGAUGGAUACAGAAAAACACUCCCAGCUGUGCUUUCAGCUGGCAAUGCUGAGCUAAAUCAACCUUUUACUCAUUAUGAGCAGCAAAAAUAUAAGCUGAGACUGAUGAGUAUAUAGAUCAGGGCUUGAAAAUGUAUUUUAUAUUUUUCUUGUCCCUUUAUUAGACAGCUUUAAUAAUGGUUUUCCUUAUCACCUGGAUUUGCUCUAUCUGCAGCUCACUUUCUGUUUUAUUUAUUGUUUUCCACAGCUGGUCAUCUGAGAACAUAAGUUCUGAUUAACUUAAAUGUCUUUUGUUCACACAAAAGAACUGGGGUUUUUAAAUUAGUUUCAAGUAGUACUAAGAAGGGAAAAAGAAAGCUAGAUCAUCCAAACAGGGACUCAAACAACAGCAGCGGAUUUCUCCUUUAGCUUAUGUCUAAUUAACAAUUUGAUGUUUGAGCAGUGUCAUUAUUCACUGCUGGUACUUUGAUAUGGCAUUUAUUGGCACAGAAUUUCAAUAUUUUAAAUUACUAAUAGCACAGCUCAAAUAUCAAAUCUAAAGAUUCAUAACACGAAAUAGAGCAAAAAGUUUGCAAGAGAGAAACAAACUGAAAAUUGUUCACGCUGGAAAAAUGAUCACUAAUUUUGAAUAGCAAGCAAAUAUUUUACCAUCCCAGUACUGCAUAGCAAGGACUAAAUUUGCUGACGUGUUUUUAUAAGAGCCUCAGAGAAUUAGGUGAUCUAGCUUGUUAAAUUUUCUGCAACUUCCUCUUUCAACUCGAACCCUUUCUUAUUUGGGAAUUUCAAACCUGUCAAUGUUUUAUUUUCAACAGUGAUUAAUAAAACAUGCAAGGUCUUGCCUGAGUAGCAUCUAAAA